AGGAAGACGAAGAUGUUCAGGAUUCACAGGAAUAGGCCGGCCAAGUCCGGCGAGAGAAUCGAUUUCAAGUUCUCACAGUUCAAGGCCGUUCAGGUGCCGAGAGGAUGGGACAAGCUGUUUGUGUCUAUUGUGUCUGUGGAAACUGGGAAGCCGAUUGCGAAGUCGAGCAAGGCUGUGGUGCGUAAUGGGAGCUGUCAGUGGAGUGAGGCGCUUUCGGAGUCUAUAUGGAUUUCGCAGGAUGAUAAUUCCAAGGAGAUGGAAGAUUGUUUCUUCAAGCUGGUGGUUGCCAUGGGAUCGGCUCGAUCUGGAAUCCUUGGAGAGGCUACAGUCAAUAUGUCAGAUUAUAUAACUUCAAGUUCUACUGCCCCAGUUUCUCUUCCAUUGAAAAAGUGCAACUAUGGGACAGUGUUACAGGUGAAAAUUAACUGCCUAAAGCCAAGAGCAAGGGUCAGGGAUGUAGAUUCAAAAGAAACUAGCAGUUUUUUGGAAGAACAAAAUGCAAGUGGUAAUUUUGUUGACGGCAAAUCAGAUGGAUCUGAUAGUACAUCUGGAAGGAGUCUCGGAUCUUCCUCCACAAAAGAUUUUGGCUUGACCUCAAAUCCUGGAGAACCUGGAAGUAGGGGAAGUAGUUUCUCUGCUGUAGGUUCACAUUGCAGCUAUGAAUCAGUAGAGGGUUCUGUAAGAAGGGGCCCUGUUUCCCCAGAAAGCAACCUUAGUGGUGAAGGGAACCUCAUGAUUGGAAGACAAGAUUCAACUGGCUCUCAAACUAAUUCCAUGCCUGGCAGUUUCCCAGCCAUUCCUUAUCCAUCCAAUCAUUCAUCAUUUAACUCCAGGAUCACAGGUUCAGGAAAUCAUUCCCAGAAUUCUCGCAAAGAUAUUCCAGGAUCACCUUUGAGAACCACUGGUUCUUCUAAAAACCUCCUGGAAACCGCAGAAGUUACUAUUGAAGAGCUACAUGCAGAAGCUAAGAUGUGGGAGAGGAAUGCACGGAAACUAAUGCUUGAUUUGGAUAUACUGAAGGCAGAAUUCUCUGAUCAGUCAAAAAAACAGGCAAAUUUGAAUAUGGAGCUUUCAGCAGCGUAUGCAGAACGUGAUAGCUUGAAGAAAGAAGUUGAGCACUUAAAAGUGUCAUUUGGGAGUUCAGCAAUGAGACAAACAGGUAGCAAGGAUUUACCUCAAGUUGGAGUUUCUCAUAUAGAGAAGGCAUUACAAGAUGAACUGAAGUUUCAAAAAGAAUCCAUUGCCAAUCUGGACCUGCAGUUGAAGAGGAGCCAAGAAUCGAAUAUUGAGCUGGUUUCCAUUCUCCAGGAGCUGGAAGAGACAAUUGAAGAACAAAAGAUGGAGUUAGAGAAUCUGUUAGAACUACAAUCAAAAUUUAGUGAAAUGGAAAAUUCAAUCCAAAUAACUGCAGAAGAGAACAGCAAUCUAACGCGUCAGCUGCAAAAAUUGCAGGAAUCAGAGAACAAGCUACAAGAUAUGGUGCAACAGCUGGAACAGGCUCUUGAUGAGAAAAACUGUGAUGUAGAGAAGGGGUCAGGUCUGGAAAAACGAAGCCUUUCGGAUAUUGAGAUGGAAUACCGAAGUACAAUAUUUGAUAAAGAAGAAGAGAUUAUUCAAUUGAAAGAGAAGCUAUCUGAGUCUCUGAAAGAAACGCAUUCUGCAGACAUGGGGUCCAUUACCAUGAAUGGAGGCGAAACAGAUUUGGUCAGACAGAUUGAAGUCUUAAAAGAAAAGUUGCACGAGCUGGAGACAGAUUGCAAUGAGCUGACGCAGGAAAACCUUGAACUCUUAUUCAAGCUUAAGGAAGCAAAGAACAUUUCCGCAGGGGGACAUGCACCUGUUGAUCUUCCCACCACUGAGCUUUUGAUGGAUUUGUUUACCAGCUCUGAGUCCAAAGUCACUGAAAGGAAAUCUUACAUGAAAAAUGCAGAGGAGAAUUGCAACAAGAUGGUGCUUGGGGAGAUAACAAAUAAUCAUGAUCUUUCAGUUCAAGUGCUUGAGAGUUUAAAAAUGGAGCUCGAAAUUAAAGUCACAGAUCUGGAGAAAGAAUUGACUGAGAAAAGGACUGAGAUAGCCAAACUGGAGGAUAACUUGCUAACCAAAGAAGAAGAAACCGGGGUUCUAAGGCAGGUGCACAAUGAAUUAGAGGCUCAGUUUUCCGAUCUACAAAGGGAAAAAGUCGAGCUAGAAGAACACAUGGAAAUUGUGCUAAGAGAAAGUGAGCUCACCACCAAGUGUUUGAAUGAUUUGCGAAAUGAUUUAGUGGUGCUUAGCAGCAGUGUGGAUACACAUGUUUCUACCAAUAAGAUACUUGAAAAGAAAUCUUCAGAGCUUGAAGCUGAUAAACAUGAACUGGAACUUCACUUGUCUGAGCUUCAACAACAAAACACACAAUUAUCAGAACAAAUUUCUGCUGUAGAAGUUCAGCUAAGAUGUUUGACAGAUGAAAAGGAGGCUAAUCGAUUAGAACUAGAGAAUUCAAAAUCUUAUUCUCAGAGUCUCCAAGAUGAGAUCAGUACCUUAAAAGUUGAGAUGGAAUCUGAUAAAGUUGAACUGAAGCAGAAAUUAGUGGACUUGCAAAGUCAGUGGUCAGAAGCUCGAGAAGAAUGUGAAUUUCUGAAAAGGGAAAAUCCAAAGUUACAAGCUAGUAUCGAGACCCUCAUUGAAGAGUGCAAUUUGCUGCAGAAAUCAAAUGAGGAGCUGAGAACACAAAAGCUGGAGUUGCAUGAGCAAUCCACCCACUUGGAGGCAAGGUUGACUGAAUCUCAGGAGCGCUUUGAAGAUUGCUCGAGAAGAGUUGAAGUGUUGGAACAAGAUUUAUGUGUGAUGAUGGAAAGCAUUGCCUCAAAAGAGAAAAUCCUAAAUUCAGAAUUAGAUGCACUUCGUGAUGAAUCCAUCCAACAUUGGGAGGAACUUAUGUCGGAACAGAGCUUGUUGAAUAAGAUGUAUUUGGAGAAGGAAAUUGAAGCUGAGAACCUUCAGCAAGAGGUUGAACAACUCACCAAGCAACUCUCUGAGAUUCAUAAAGGAAGCGAAGAACUAGCUUCAGGUGCUUUGCAGGAAGCCUCCAGAUUACGAGCUGAGAAGGUAGAUCUUGAAUGUGCUCUGCAAGAGGUUCAGUCUAGAGUGAUACAGGCUGAGAAUGAACUCAAUAUUAUGAGAACAGAAUAUGAAGAGAAGCUACAAGGCCUGUCAGUUGAUCUUACUGCUUCUAAACAGCUCCAGGAAACAAUGAUGGCUGACCAUGAAAGGCUAUUGAGGCUGUUGGAGAAUUACAAGUCAAGUGAAGCAAAAUUGAAGACUGCUGUGAACAAUCUGGAACUAAAGCUUACAGUUUCUGAUUAUGAACAACAACAACUGGUGGAAGAAUCUACCAAUCUGAAGGUUCAACUGCAAAAUUUAAUUCAUUGUCAGGAUCAAUUUUUGGCUGUUAAGAAGGAGCUUGAUGUGACUAAGCUUGAGAAAGAGAAAUUGGAAUCUCUACUGGAUGCUCAACUGGAGAAAUUAACUCAUUGUCAGGAUCAAGUGUUGGCUAUAAAGACUGAGCUUGAGGCGACCAAGCUUGAGAAAGAGAAAUCAGAAGAGCUAUUGGAUUCCGUGUCUGAGGAAUAUGAAUAUCUGAAGGCAGAGAAGAAUUCAUUCCUCGAGAAGAUUUCAACAUUGGAUAUGGUCUUAUCUGAAUUGGAGGAUUGCAAACAUAAUAAAGCUGUAUUGGAGAGGAAAAUUCUGCAGAUGAAAGGUGAUCUAAUUGCGAAAGAGGCUUUAUGUGCUCAAGAUGCUGAGCUGAAGAAUGAGCUCAACCAGUUCAGAAGAGCCAAUGAGCAGUAUCAGCAAAAACUACAGUUACUUGAGGAGGAGAAAGAUGUGUGCCGAAGAAGAUCUCAAUCCCUUGAACAAGAAUUGAAGCUAAUUAGGGAAGAAAAACCGAACCAGAGGGAUCUAAAGUCAAGAAGCAGUACUAAAGUUACUGAGGAUAAGAAGCUCUCAAAAAGUGAAAUGGUAAAGAAUACCAGUCAUCGUCGUGAUAAUAGAAGGAAGCCUCUAGUGAAGAAUGAUAAGGAUGAUAAUGGAAUUGACAGCCGUGAUGGGAGUCCUCGUGAUGUUACAGUAGACCAUGGUUUGAAGAUUAAGAUGCUUGAGGAUGAACUUGUUAAGGCAAUGGAAGCAAAUAACACUUAUAAACUUCAACUUGAUAGGCUAGUACGACAAAACCAUGCAGAUGCUCAUCAAAAUUCAAAAGCCGAAGUAGUGGCAAAAGAUAGAUUUGAACGCUCGAAAUCAUCUCUAGAGACAGAACUGAAAGAGAUUCGUGAGCGCUACUUGAGCAUGAGCCUGAGAUACGCAGAGGUAGAAGCUGAACGUGAGGAACUAGUGAUGAAGCUCAAGCAAUCCAAGAGUGGAAAAAAGUGGUUCUAAAGAAUCUACUGAUGCCAUCCACCACUUGUUUCAAAUGACUGAAUGUCAUUUUCGUGAGUCUACCUAUCUCAGGUAGCUUUUAACACUUUGAUCUUUGUAUAUCACAGUUUCCCGUCUUCUCAUGUAAGUUGCUUAGUAUAGCUUUUUAGAGGUGAAUAUGCUUAGUAUAGCCACAGGUUGUAAAACUAGUUGUGCUAGCUAACAGUGUUGAAAAUCAAAAUAAAGAAGU